AUGACGCGUUUGAUAACAAAAGAAGAAAUUGAUGAAUCAAAAAAUGUUUUUACGUUUAAUACCGAUGAAGAUCUAACAAUAAUAUGGUUCGAUGAUAAAAUCGAUGACGAGAUAAAAACUAUGUUAGAACAAUCACAUGAUCAUGUAAAAAUUUGUUAUUCAUUUGACGAAAUGAUUUUAACUAUAGAUAACAUAAGAAAUGAAAAAAUUAUUUUAAUUGUUGCUGGUCGAUAUUCUCGUGAAACAUUAUUUCGAAUUCAUGAUAACGAUAAAAUCGAUACAAUUUAUAUAUUUUGUUUAAAUAUUUCUUUAUAUCAAGAUCUUAUUGAUGAAAAAAAAUAUUCUAACCUUCUUGGUAUUUAUACAGAAUAUACAUCUUUAUUUAGUAUUUUAAAACAACAAAUUUAUUUAAUAUUAAAACAUUUAUCUAUAUUCAAUUUAAUUAAUAGUACUGAUAAACCAAUACGAGAUUUAGAAUAUGAAUCGUGUAAUUAUUUAUGGUAUCAAUUAUUUCGUGAUACAUUAAUGACAAUGCAAACAGAAACUGAACAAUGUAAACAACAAUUAAUUGAUUAUUGUCGAUCAUAUUAUCGAUUCAAUAAAAAAUAUCUCGAAGAAAUUGAUAUAUUUGAACAAACAUAUGUAUCAUCUGAUGCUAUACGUUGGUAUACAAAAGAUUCUUUUUUAUAUCGAUUCGUUAACAAAGCUUUAAGAACUGAAGAUAUUGAAGCAUUAUUUCGCUUAAGAUAUUUUAUUAAAGAUAUUUGUAAAAACUUAAAAAUAUUAUUCGAUGAAAAUUUUGAAGUAUAUCAAGAAUCACUUGAAUCAAUUGUAGUUUAUCGUGGUUUAACAUUACCAAUAAAAAUUAUUGAUCAAUUGAAACAAUCUGUUGGUAAGUAUGUAUCAACAAAUGGAUUUUUAUCUACUACUUUUAAACGAGAUGUUGCUGAAAUGUUUGGAGCAAAUGUUAUUUUCGAAAUAAAUAUUCAAACUGAUUUAAAAAAUAUUAUUUAUGGUUACAUAGCAAAUACGAGUUAUAAUCUUUCGGAAGAUGAAGUUUUAUUCGAUCUUGGUGCUAUAUUUCAAAUAAUAGAUAUGCAAUAUAAAGAUAAUAAAUAUAUUAUAUCAAUGAUUGGUAUUGAUAAUAAUAUUGAUUACUUAAAAAGUGACUAUUUUCAAAUAGAAAGAGAAUAUUUACAAGAUAAUUUAAUUGAUAAUAUUCUUUCAAAUAUAAAUGCAUAUUCAUUUUUUGGUAAAUUUUUAUUAACAAUUGGUUCAAAUAAAAAAGCAAUUGAUUAUUUUGAAGAAUUAUAUAAAAAUAAUCUUUCUAAUAAUAAUGAUAAUACAUUAAAUGAAUAUGAAACAUAUAUACUUACAGGAAAUUUAGCUGAUGCUUAUGCUCAAAAUGGUCAAUAUGAUUUAGCAUUAAAAUAUGCACUUAUUUCUUAUGAAAUACAUAAAAAUUUUCAUAAUAAUUAUUCAGUAUCAAUAGCAGUUAGUUUAUUAAGAAUAAGCUUAAUAUAUUUAAUCAAUGAAGAAAUUCAAUUAACUUUUGAUUAUAUUCAACAAGCAUUUCAAAAUCUAUCAACGAAUGUUAAUUCUCAAUUACUUGCUCCAAUGCAUUUAUGUCUUAGUAGAUGUUAUUUAAAACAAGAAAAUUAUUCUGAAGCUUUAAAACAUUGUCAAAAAUCAUUAGAAAAAUUUAAGGAAACAAAAAAUAGUAUUGCACUUAGUGAAACACAUUAUACACUUGCUGAAAUUUAUCGAAAACAAUGUAAUUAUAAUAUGACUAUUGAUCAUUAUGAAAAAUGUUUAUCAAUUCAAAAGAAUAUUUAUUCAAAUUAUCAUCCAUUAUGUAUACGAAUAUAUUUUAAGCUUGCUGAAAUUUAUAACAUAAUUGAAAAAUAUGAUUUAUCAAUUUAUUAUUACUUACAAAUACCAAAUAAUAAACAAUUUAAUGAUGAAAAUGAACACAUUGACAUGUUACAUAAUCAUCUUGCAUGUUGUUAUCUUGAGUUAAAACAAUAUGAUUUAGCUAUUGAACAUGUUAAAUUUUCAUUAGUAAUUAGUGAAAAAUCAUUAGAUAUAGAGAGAAUUGAAUUAUCAUAUAUGUUAAUGGGUGAUAUUUUUGAAAAGCAACAAAAAUAUGAUUUAACUCUUGAAUGUUAUGAAAAAUUAGUUAAAAAGUCAAUUGAAUAUAAUAAUUAUGAAAUCAUGAAAAAAGCACGUUUAAAAUAUAUAUCAACUAUGACAUAUUUAAUUAUUGAAGAAUAUGAAAGGAACUUCGAAAAUAAUAUGAAAAUAUUGUCUGAAUUUAAUGAUAAAUACUUAUUUAAUGAGAAUUUUUUUAUUUUUGAUGAUUUUCAAAAAAUUAUUUUGUCAAUAUCAUUAAUAUAUCUAAGAUUGAAAAAUUUUUCUUUAGGCAUUGAAUAUUUGCAAAUAAUAUUAACAAAUAUUGAAAAAUUAUUUGAUCAUAAUGACAAAUAUCGAAUUAUAUUUUAUUUAAAUUCACGAAUAGCAUGGUUUUAUGAAAAAGAUGAAAAAUAUCAUUUAGCUAUUAAUCAAUAUAAAAUAAUUUUAUCGAAAAUAGAACAUCUUGAUAAUCAAAAUUUAACAGUUCAUAUUAUUGAUGAAGCAGUACAAUCUUUUGAAUCUAUUGGUCAAUUGUAUUAUCAAUUAAAUGAAUACAAUUUAACUAUAGAAAAUCAAUUAGAAGGUUUAGAAUUCAUUAAAAAAAUUAAUGAUAAUAAAUAUCAACAAGAAAUAUUUGAUUUUAAUUAUAGAAUAGCAAAUUGUUAUGUUGAAUUAGAAAAUUUUGAUUUAGCUCUUGUUCAUUAUAGAAAAUGUGUUGAAAUUGAACAACAGACAACUAUUAACGUCGAAGAAUCUGAUGAAAGUCUCUACAUGUAUGAAUGUGUUGGUAACUUCUAUUAUCAAAAUAAACAAUAUGAUUUAGCUAUUGAUUCUUAUAAAAAAGGUUUAAAUAUAUUACGAAUAACUGAUGAUCCUGAAUCACCAAUAGAUAUUGUUAAAUUCAAUUAUAAAAUUGGUUGCUGUUAUAAUAUGCAACAAAAUAUGAUUUUAUUUAUUGAACAUUUUAAAAUAGCUUUAGAAAUUCAAGAAACUAAUCAACUUAAUUAUGAUAAAAUACAAAACAUGGAUAUGAAUUUUCAAUUAGGAUGGUUUUAUCAACAAAAUCAAAAAUAUGAUUUAGCUAUUGAAUAUUUUCAAAAAAUGUUGAAUAUUCAAGAAAGUUUAAAUAUUGAUGAUAAGUCUUAUAUUGCUGAUUCAUAUGUUCGUAUUGGUAAAUGUUAUGAACAAAAAUCGAUGUUUGAUUUAUCUCUUAAAUUUUAUGAAAAGGCUUUAGAAUUAUAUAGUAUAAUUAUUGAACCCAAUAAUUUGGAACAGAAAAUAAUUGCUGAUAUACAAUGGAGAAUUGGUAAAAUCUAUCAAAAUCAACAAGAUUGGAAUUUAUCUAUAGAAUAUUAUCAAAAUAGUUUAAAAUGUCUGAAUAUUUUGAAUAUAAAAUUAAUCUUUGAUCUAUAUUCUAAACUAGGAUUUUGUUAUCAACAAAUAUCUAAUAGUGAAACUAUGGCUAUUGAUUAUUAUAAAAAAGCAAUUGAUAUUAAUCCAUAUAAUAAUUCUAGAAUAAUUGAAUUCUUUUAUCAAGUUGGUAUUUGUUAUCAAAAAAUAAAAGACUUCUCUAAUGCUAUUCAAUAUUUUAAAAUUACAUUAGAACAAUUAAAUGAACAAGCAGAAAAAGAUUUUGUUAAAAUACUUGAUAUACAUGCUCAAAUUGGUUUUUGUUUUUGUGAUAUAGAAGACUGGAAUUCAUCUAUGGAUCAUUGUUUAUUUGCAUUUGAAAUAUAUCAAGGUAUAGAAAUGUCUAAUACUACUCUUAUUUAUCGUUUAUGUAUAACAAUUGCUCAUUGUUGUGGCCAAAAAGAUAUGUAUAAUUUAGCUAUUGAAUAUUUUGAACAAGCAUUAAAAAUUCAAGAAGAUACAAAUAAUCAUAAUAGUGAUAAAAAAUUUGAAAUUAUUUAUUUAAAUAAUCAGCUAGGAUAUUGUUAUUUUAUGUCUAAUCAAUAUGAUAUGGCUUAUCAUUAUUAUGAUAAAUCUAUUGAAACAGCCAAAAAGUCAUCAUAUUAUACUCAACAUUUUUCUAUGAUUGAUAAUUAUGAAAUGCUUGGGCAUAUUUAUCUAUAUUAUUGUAAUAAAAUUCUUGCUAUUAAUUGUUUCAACAAAGCAUUAAAAUUAUUAGAAUCAACAGAACCAACUGACUUAAUAAGACUAAAACGUAUUAGAAAUUCAUUAAAAAAACUAAAAUACAAUAACGAUAUUGUAAUGAUUGAUGUGAGUUCUUUGUAA